AUGACCGCCUCGAGACAUACCACGGAUGAAAGCCUCUGCUCAAGAUGUAAAUCACUAGACCUCGACGAUAUCCUGUCCGGUCGUUGGACCGAUGUUCAAUGCCGGGAGCCAGUAGCCCUCUUUGGCAAGCGAAGUACUAUUCUGCAUGAUAAAGACUGUCCCCUCUGCCAGGCGCUACUUUCUAUCGCCGCGGGCGAUCAUGACACUGGCCCCCUACGAAGAGACGAGAACUUUUGCAUGUUCGCUAUUCCAAGCCAGCUCGCCUACAGAGGAGCAAAACAAACUAUCCCGUUUGAUGUGGACUUAGUUGAUCGGGUUUUGGAACGAGCCAAAGAUCAAAAAGAUUCAACGUGGCUAGUUGUUCGGAUUCAGCGCGGACCUAUGGAUGGCCCCUUCUGGUACAAUAACCUACCACGGUCUGCUCAUUACUUUGGUUGUUUGGCCAAUCUUUCUGACACUUUGAAUGGAGUCCGUCAGCGAGUCAGGCUGAUUAACCCCGCAAAGGCUGACUUUGAAGCAAUAAAGCGAUGGCUCACCCAUUGCAUGGAACAGCACGGGACAUUAUGCAACCCGGAUUCAGAAAGCCGGUCCCUGCCAGUGAGCAUCGCUGUUAUCAAUUGUACAACUCGGGACCUGGAGCCUUUGCCAGCCGGAGCAAAGUUCGCAGCUUUGUCGUAUGUAUGGGGAGAGAGAACAUCUACAACCGAGUCAUAUCCUUCCAUGACCAGCCUUCCGCAGACUAUCGAGGAUGCAAUUACUGUCACGGCCGAGGUCGGUAUUCCGUUCCUCUGGGUAGACAGGUACUGCGUGCCACAACAAGAUUGUCCUCAGAAGCGAGAGCAAAUCCAGAUGAUGCACAAGAUCUACCGUCAAGCAGACUUGACCAUCAUCGCCGCUGCCGGGGACAGCUCAUGCUAUGGCCUGCCAGGGAUAAGCACUCCUAGAGCCAGAGCGCCAUCGGUAGAUCUUUGUGUUGGGAAUCAUCACCUAGUCUCCACUGGCCGAAGUGUAAAAGAAGCAAUUCGAGGCACGGCAUGGGCGUCCCGAGCAUGGACUUACCAAGAGGGCCUCGUGUCUCGAAGGAAGCUUAUUUUUACCGAUGAGCAGGUAUACCUUCACUGUAUGGAGCGUGAGUUCCGGGAAACCAUCGAACAAGAUUUGGACCUUUUAGCUCAGGCAGAUGUCUCUGAUCUAUCCGAUCCCUUUCGCUGCAGCAUAUUACAUUUUAUCCCGGAGAAUGCCGGCACGGAAGGUGUAUACUCACUCACGGGAGACUUUUCCGAACGAAGAAUAACGUAUCCCAGCGAUAGACUGAAUGCGUUCCUUGGUAUUCUCAACUUAUUCCAAGAUGCAUUUCCAGAGUCUUUUCGUCAUAUAUGGGGUCAGCCGAUUCCAUACAGUACCGACAUGUCAGUCGCGGACGUCGUGGUUUCUGCUCUUAAAUGGCAUAUAGUAGGCCUGGCGCAGAGGCGACCGGAUUUCCCGAGCUGGUCGUGGGUUGGCUGGAAGGGACAGGCAUACCCAUCAGCCAACAGCGUCUAUAAAGAGGAUAUAACAGCCUCUCUUCUGCUGAAAGAUGGCACUGUUAUAGACGACGCUGAAAUGUUGAGGAAUUUGGAUACCUUCCAGAGUCUAUCUGCAUCGUUGAGUAAGUACAUCCUGAUCCAGGCUCAGACUGUUCACGUGAAAAUACGCCGAAAGGAAGGAGUCUACUGGAAUCUUCGGAACAUGUGGAAAUUGUCUCUUGUAAGGGGUGGCACUGAGCGACAUGGAAUCACUUAUCAUGAUGGCUUUCUCAUAACACCGGAGUACGAAGCGGGUGAUAGCAUAUACAAAGAUUUGGAAGCGGGGCAUACUUGGCUCGGAAUAGUAUUUCUGAACUCUGACAUGGUCUUGGUCUUGAAGGACAUGGGAGACUAUUAUGAAAGGUUCGGAUAUAUCGAUGUUGACUUUUCCGUCCCUGAUGUGGAACUGGGGGAUUAUCUACUGGGGCACAGACUUAUCCGCUUAGGGUGA